AUGAAUAAAUUAUCUGAAAAUAAAAUAAAUGAAAUUAUUAAUCAUGCAAUUCAACAUUGGACACAUACUUUUGGUACAAAAAAUAGAAAUACUCAUGAAGCAUAUAUUGGUCUUAAAAAUUUUAUUACAAUGAUUAAUAAUUCUGAAAAUAUUGGAUAUUUUGGUGAUGGUAAAAUUGAUACUAUGAGAAAUCAAGCAUUAGAAAAAGUUAAAUCAAUAUUAACUAAUGCUUACAACAAAGGAUUGGAUUAUUGGUCAGAAGGACUACUUCAUCAAGUUGCACAUCGAGUAUAUCAAGAAAAAUUAUCAUUAAUUCAAAAUCAAAAUAAACAAUUAUUGAUAAAAAUAAAUGAAUUAAAUAAUUCUUCAAAAAAAAAUAUUUCUUUAAAUAUUAAUGAUAAAAUAGAUCAAAUAUUAAAAAAUCUAGAUAUCAAUUUUAUAGAUAACAUAUCAUUAGAAAAUAAAAUUGAUAAUAUUACUGAAUUUACUAACACUUUAUCAAAUUUUUAA